CCCCGCCCCCCCCUUCAGGAGCGGUUGUGCGAUCAGAUCGAUCUAAGAUGGCGACUGUGGAACCGGAAACCACCCCUACUCCUAAUCCCCCACCUACAGAAGAAGAGAAAACAGAAUCUAAUCAGGAGGUUGCUAACCCAGAACACUAUAUUAAACAUCCUUUACAAAACAGAUGGGCACUCUGGUUUUUUAAAAAUGAUAAAAGCAAAACUUGGCAAGCAAACCUUCGGCUGAUCUCUAAGUUUGAUACUGUUGAAGACUUUUGGGCUCUGUACAACCAUAUCCAGUUGUCUAGUAAUUUAAUGCCUGGCUGUGACUACUCACUUUUUAAGGAUGGUAUUGAGCCUAUGUGGGAAGAUGAGAAAAACAAACGAGGAGGACGAUGGCUAAUUACAUUGAACAAACAGCAGAGACGAAGUGACCUCGAUCGCUUUUGGCUAGAGACACUGCUGUGCCUUAUUGGAGAAUCUUUUGAUGACUACAGUGAUGAUGUAUGUGGAGCUGUUGUUAAUGUUAGAGCUAAAGGUGAUAAAAUAGCAAUAUGGACUACUGAAUGUGAAAACAGAGAAGCUGUUACACAUAUAGGGAGGGUAUACAAGGAAAGGUUAGGACUUCCUCCAAAGAUAGUGAUUGGUUAUCAGUCCCAUGCAGACACAGCUACUAAGAGCGGCUCCACCACUAAAAAUAGGUUUGUUGUUUAAGAAGACACCUUCUGAGUAUUCUCAUAGGAGACUGCGUCAAGCAAUCGAGAUUUGGGAGCUGAACCAAAGCCUCUUCAAAAGCAGAGUGGACUGCAUUUAAAUUUGAUUUCCAUCUAAAUGUUGCUAAGAUAUAAGAGAAGUCUCAUUCGCCUUUGUCUUGUACUUCUGUGUUCUUUUUUUUUUUUUUAAUUUUGGCUAGAGUGUCCACUAUCCCAAUCAAAGAAAUACAGUGCACAUCGUCCCCAGAAUCCAUAAAUGUGUUCCUGGCCCACUCUGUAAUAGCUUAAUAGAAUUAACCAUUACAAACACAUUUGACCCAUCUACAAUAUUAAAAAAAAAAAAGAAUUUGCAUUUCUAUACCUUACAAGAGAACAAUUCUGUUUAUGAUCCAUUGUAUGCAGGAGCAUAUUUUGCUGGUUUGAGAGAGUAUGAUGCAUACAGUUUUCUAGCAAUUUUCUUUGUUUCUUUUUACGGCAUUGUCUGUGCUGUACUCUUGCUGAUGGCUGCUAGAUUUUAAUUUAUUUGUUUCCCUGCUUGAUAACAUUAGUGAUUCUGAUUUAAGUUUCUCAUUUGUUUUGCUUUUGUUUUUUUCCUCAUGUAACAUUGGUGAAGGAUCCAGGAAUAUGACACAAAGGUGGAAUAAACAUUAAUUUUGUGCAUUCUUUGGUAAUUUUUUUGUUUUUUUGUAACUACAAAGCUUUGCUAUAAAUUUAUGCAUUUCAUUCAAAUCAGUGAUCUAUGUGUGAUUUCCUAAACAUAAUUGUGGAUUAUAAAAAAUGUAACAUCAUAAUUACAUUCCUAAUUAGAAUUAGUAUGUCUGUUUUUGUAUCUUUAUGCUGUAUUUUAACACUUUGUAUUACUUAGGUUAUUUUGCUUUGGUUAAAAAAUGGCUCAAGUAGAAAAGCGGUCCCAUUCAUAUUAAGACAGUGUACAAAACUGUAAAUAAAAUGUGUACAGUGAAUUGUCUUUUUAGACAACUAGAUUUGUCCUUUUAUUUCUCCACCUCUGUAGAAGGAAUUUGUACUUAUUGCAAGGCAGUCUCUACUGUGUCUUCUCUUGUAGUGUCUUCCACGUGAAUAGCAUAAGUUUGGAGCAUUAGUUUGAUUAUUAUGUUUAUUUUAAUUUUUAAUAAAUUCAAUAGGUAGCAUCAUAUAUAUAUGGAAUUAAA